AUCCCUGGGCGGGUGCAUCCCGGUGCGCGCGGCCCGGGCAUCCCUCGGCCGAAGCGUCCCGGUGCGCGCGGCCCGGGCAUCCCUCGGCGGGUGCGUCCCGGUGCGCGGGGCCGGCAUCCCUCGGCGGGUGCGUCCCAGUGCGCGGGGCCGGCAUCCUUCGGCAGGUGCGUGGGCACGGGGCCGGCUGGGCGCUCGCGGCGCGGCGCGGCGCGGCGGGUGCGUUGGCGCGGCCCGGGCGUCCCUCCGGCUCGCGCGUUGGCGGCGGCUCCCGGAGUCCCGCUGCCGAGAUGCUCAAAGUCACGGUGCCCUCGUGCUCCGCCGCGACCUGCCCCUCGGCUACCGCCACCGUGUCCCCGGCCCCCGCCGGCCCCGUCGCCGAUUACUGGAUAGACGGCUCCAACCGGGACGCGCUCAGCGAUUUCUUCGAGGUGGAGGCGGAGCUGGGACGGGGUGCUACAUCCAUUGUGUACAGAUGCAAACAGAAGGGGACUCAGAAGCCUUAUGCCCUCAAAGUGUUAAAGAAAACAGUGGACAAAAAAAUCGUGAGAACUGAAAUAGGAGUUCUUCUUCGCCUCUCACAUCCAAACAUUAUCAAACUUAAAGAGAUCUUUGAGACUCCUGCAGAAAUCAGUUUGGUCCUAGAGCUCGUGACAGGAGGAGAGCUGUUUGACAGGAUUGUGGAAAAGGGGUAUUACAGUGAACGAGAUGCGGCAGAUGCUGUUAAGCAGAUCUUGGAGGCUGUUGCUUACCUCCAUGAAAAUGGAAUUGUCCAUCGUGAUCUCAAACCAGAGAACCUUCUCUAUGCAACUCCGGCCCCAGAUGCACCACUCAAAAUUGCUGACUUCGGGCUGUCUAAGAUCGUGGAGCACCAGGUGCUUAUGAAGACAGUAUGUGGAACUCCUGGGUACUGCGCACCUGAAAUCCUGAGAGGCUGUGCCUAUGGGCCCGAGGUGGACAUGUGGUCUGUGGGGGUGAUCACCUACAUCCUACUUUGUGGAUUCGAGCCAUUCUAUGAUGAAAGAGGUGACCAAUUCAUGUUCAGAAGAAUCCUGAAUUGUGAAUAUUAUUUUAUCUCCCCUUGGUGGGAUGAAGUAUCUCUAAAUGCCAAGGACUUGGUUAAAAAGUUAAUUGUGUUGGACCCCAAGAAACGGCUAACAACCUUCCAAGCCCUCCAGCACCCGUGGGUCACCGGGAAAGCAGCCAAUUUUGUCCACAUGGACACUGCUCAGAAGAAGCUCCAGGAAUUCAAUGCCAGGCGCAAGCUUAAGGCGGCGGUGAAGGCCGUGGUGGCCUCCUCCCGGUUGGGCAGUGCCAGCAGCAGUCACAGCAGCGUCCAGGAGAACCAGAAGGCCAGCCCGGAGCCAUCUGCCUUCCUCAGCGCCGCCGGGGGAGAUGUGGAAGCUCUUCCAGGAGAGAGAGUGCCCGGAGAGGGGGCCUCGGGGGCUCCCGAGGGGGUGGCAGUGCCGCUGGCAGGCGCCGCUGAAGGGGCCAAGGAUCCCGCUGAAGGCUCCAGCAUGGUGCCCGAGACACCAGAGGACGGGAUAAAGGAAGCCGAUGCCAACGAAGAUGAAGCGGUGGAGGAGGAAGUGGAGGAGGAGGAGGAGGAGGAGGAGGAGGGCCUGGUAACUGUGAGGGCUGUGGAGGAAGCCAAGAGCGAGGAGAAGCCUGCCCUGGGGGCUGGCACCCAGCAGAACGAGGUGGUCCUGCCCGAGGACUGA